AUGCAAUUCUCCAUCAGCAUCACCGCCCUCCUCCUUGCUGUCCUCACCGGCGAGGCUCUAGGUGCCCCAGCAACCACCCCCGUCUCCGAGGACGCUCUCCUCCUCGAGAAGCGCUGUGACUGCAAAUGCAACGUCGCGUGCCAGAGGAACUGCCAGAACGGCUUUGCCCUCAACCCGAUCGGAUAA